AUGAAGCGGAAUCGCAUCCAGUUCGAAACCAAUGGCGAGUACUCUUCCUCCUCUCCGGCGGGCGGAGGUGGAGGAAGGGUACCCCAGAAUAUAGAUGAUGACACUCGAAACAAUUCCCGCCAUAUACCCAAGAUCUCUCGCAAGAUUCGGGCAUGUACCGAAUGUAAGCGACAUAAAGUGCGCUGUGAUAUGAAGACUGGCGAUCAAAUCUGCCAACGGUGCCAGCGAAUGGGACUACAAUGUGUGGUGAACAAGAGUCUUCAGACCUUAUUAGACGAUGAAGCCGAAUGGAAGACGAUGAUCGAAUUAGCCAUGUCCGAUCUCUUGAGAAAAGCCCAACUACCAGAAUUGUCAUACUACCAAGCAGGUGGCCCUUCGCCGCCCCAGACUCGAUACAACGAGCGCAGCCGAAAAUUAUCAACCGCAUCGGUCGAAGCCAUGCCUCAUAUGGAAGAGCAUACACAAACCAACGGAACAAAUCAUUCCCGUCGCCCCAGUUCCGGAUACCGCACACACAGGGAACAAUCUCACUACUCCCCGGAAAGAGAGGAACCAGGACAAGCGACCCUUGUAACAGCUCCAAUGGGCAGUCUUUUUGAAGUCACACAAUUGAGCCACUCGCGAGGGAAUUCACCCACGCGUCAGCAUGCACCGGACCGCAUGGUGGCUGCGGAUCUGAUAUCACGGGGAGUUGUAGAUCUGGCCGAGGCAGAGGAACUCUUUGCAUACUUUGAUAGUCGUCUCAAUCAUUAUUUGUGGGAUAGCAUGGUGAUGAAUCAUGCGAAUUUGAUGUCGGUUCGCCAGUCGUCUACAUUACUUACUGCGGCCGUCUUGGCGGUGACGGCUCUCCAUAUCCCCAAGAAGGAGCGAGUAUUUGAUACAUGCUAUGCAGAAUUUGCAAGAUUGGCUUCGGAUUCGAUGCUGAAUCGGCACCAUAGUCUGGACGACUUGCGGGCUUUGUGUAUUGGCGCAUUCUGGUUAUCUGACGUCAGCUGGAAGCUUUCGGGAUAUGCAGUUCGCAUUGCUACUGAACGAAAUCUUCAUCAGUGUUAUAGAAAGGCCAUACAAGGUUCACCAGAGCACCGAGAACAGACGCAGCUGUGGUAUAUUCUUUAUAUCCUUGAACAUCACUUUUCUAUUGCGUAUGGGAGACCGCCUAUUAUUCACGAAGAUACUUGCAUCACCAAUCACGAAAUUUUUUUGAAUCAUCCAUCAUCCGGUCAACGUGACAUACGCGUCCAUAGUCAAGUCGCCUUGUUCAUCGUUCUGACUCGCAUCUAUCACGCAUUCGGGCCUGAUGUUGAUGUUGAAGUUCUAGAGCAUGAACUCCCACGAAUAGAGGAAUUUGAUAAAGAUCUUGAGAAUUGGAGAAGAGUGUGGCGGCCACGAAUAACUGGAAAUCCCUAUCUUGGAGAUUAUCCCUUCAAAGCCGUCAAUCUCAAUUAUAACUUUUCCCGUCUUACCCUCAAUUCCACUGCUCUGAGGACGUAUCACUGCGCGACCUCAACUCGACCGCUUUCCGCAGCUCGCAAGAAACAUGCCGAGGUUGCCAUCAACUCGGCCAUCGCGACUCUUACUGUUGUCUUGGACGAGCCUGAAGUUCAGGAAAGUCUCGUUGGGACUCAAUUGUUCUUACAUAGCAUGAUCACCUUUGCAGCCGUGUUUUUACUCAAAAUCGCUGUCAAAGCACAUCCUAACUGCAUCAUUGGACCCAACAGUCAGCGCAAUUCACUUGCCGCCGCCGGUCUGAAUAUCGACAUUCCCUACGUCCUUGAAGUCAUUGAAAAGAUUGUCAAGAUCAUGAUAUCCGCCAGCGAAAAAGCGAGCGAACGCCAUGUGAGUCAUCAUAUCGCGCGAGGUCUCGGAAAAAUGCUAGAAGGAUUUCGAGAAUGGGAACAACGAAACACACAACACAGCAACGGACAGCCGUUACGACCCCAACCACCGAGCUGGGUUCAUGAUACCCCGUCACUGUUUAGUACAGUAUCUCUCACAAACCCGCAAACCCUCGGUGGACGCGCAACAAUUUGUAAUCAUCCUCCCCCAAUGCUCGGCGUGGCGCCGUUGUCAUCUGAGCGUGGCAACACCACCGCCACCAACAACAAUAGCCAUAAUAGUUCGAACCAUAACAAUCACACUAACCACAAUAACAAUUCUAACGCCUUCCCACCAUCAUCAUCUACAGCAUAUCUAUCCGCAAAAUCACAAAUCGGCCUCUCUGAAGGAUCACUAGAUCCCAUGAUGACGGAUAUGUGGGGAUUUGAAGAGGAGUAUUUCCCGAUGGGAGUAUUUGACUUUUUGCAAUCGCAAAUGCCGGCAUAGGGAGAUUUAUGUAUACCCUUUAUCUUUAUGUCAUGUCAUAUGAAUAUAAUAACUUAUUCAAG